AUGGGCAACAGUGCCUCUUCCGGUCGCGGUCAUCAUGAAGAGACCGUCGACUUUGGCUACCUUACCCCUCAGGGCAUAUAUACUGGCCCCAAGGACUGGAACCAGUCCAUAGUAGCGCAGCUCAUAUGCGAGCGCAAGCUCGCACCAUUCUACCGUCCCCUCGAGGACUUUGACGAGUCCUGGGACGACGAGCAGAUCCUCGCCCACCGAAAGGAGCUCCCGACCGACGCGGACGGUGCACAGCCCGAGUCGUCCAGCUCGCGCUCCGACACCAUCUCGCUCGCGUCCAAGUCGAGUCACAAGCGGGGGCACAAUAACAAUAACUCGAAAGAUCUGACACGAUAUCCGGAGGCCGCGAUAUACAAGGGCGCCGCGGAGUGCCCGAUCUGUUUUCUGAUCAAACGGGCGGAGCCAGAUCCUAAGCACCUGGUCUCUGAGCCUGCUUCAUGUCCGUAUUGUGUUCAGGAGAACUUCGGCGUUGUGUAUACCCCACCACCGUGGCGCACGGGACUUGGGAGCGAGGGAGCGACACCGCCUUCAUGGCCGGAAUCGCCAAAGCAGCCUGAAACAUCGCCAACAGCAGCUAUGAAACGUCCGCGCAAGAGCUUUGGUGCAGACAGCCCCGAAGUUGUCACCAUAGAUCAAAUCCGUCCGGACUGGGAGGCGAAGUUGGCUGCUGUCCGUGCUGCUGUUGCCCGGCGUGCGAACAGGCGGAUCAUCAUGCGGCAAGUCGGCGACAGACUGAUUCCACUUAUGGUCAUGGAAGCGAUGCGGUUAUCUCUCCUGGAACACGAAGAGCAGCAACGCCGACAGCGCGAGGAGGAAGAGAAGAAGAAGAAGGCGCAAGGCAGUGACGGCACCGCAGUCGGCGCUCAGGGUGAGAGCAGGAGCGGGAGCGAGGGCGCGGGUCUGUCAUCUGCGGCCCCUACUAUCGAAUCCUCUCCAUCACCAACUACCGAGAGCGCCUCAGCUUCGUCCACGUCUGUUCCGACUGCAUCCACCUCCUCAAUAGUCUCUGCCAACGCGGAGCCCAGCUCGCCGCUCCGCUCACUGGCAAAUGCUGCACUCACGGCUGCUUUGAACUCGCCAGAAAGCUCAAACGAGACCGCAGGCCCACAGACACCGCCAGCGACAGAGCUGGACGACGCUUCAGUCCAGGAGUCCCGCCCUAUCCCGUAUGGCCGGCAUGACUCGCUCUCGUCAUCGCUCGCACCGUCGAUGGGGCCGUCUACCUACGACGUGCUUUCGUCCUCGCCAGACUCGGAUUCGGCCAUCUCGCACAAGCCACUGCUGCGCUCACGCCCUGGGACGCCGCCUGCACAAGCGGUCGACUCGGCCGAUUCAAGCGUGAAUCAGCUGGCGGGGUGA